UACCACAGAGCUAAUUGUUAUGCGUGACCUCUUCAGCUUAGAGGAGCGUCAACCCGGGAAGUGGACUUUCACGACGGCACAAACGUUCUUCAAACCAUCUUUCAGUCUCUCCACAAGUCCAGCACAAGAAGCUCCAAGAUGCCGGACACAAUGUGUUAUGUCCAAGGAGCCAACUUCCAACCUGGAGAACGCCAUGCAGAUGCUCAUAAAGACCUUCCACAAGUACUCUGGGAAGGAGGGCGACAAGUUCACGCUGAGCAGGGGCGAACUCAAGGAGCUGCUUCUGGAGGAGCUGGGGACUUACUUGGGGGGCUCCUCCAAAGAUAAUGAAGCCGUGGAGAAGGUGAUGAACGACCUGGACGCCAACAACGACGGGGAGGUGGACUUCACCGAGUUCAUCAUCCUGAUGGGCGCGCUCACUGUCGCCUGCAACGACUUCUUCCUGGAUUGCAAAACAGAUGAGAAGCCAGAUGAAAGCCAAGGCGAGUCGGCGCCGAAGUAAAAAAUUGAA